GAAUGAAAAGCGGAUUGGAAGCAGACGGAGUACACCUUGCGCCAUCAAUCAAUAUUGUUCUAGCCGGAAGGAUUCCUGUACAUUUUACGACAAACCGGUAGCAAUGUGUUUGUCUUUGAUACUGGAUAAUUGGCUAUUGGUUGAUGAUUGUUCCAGUCCGGUGUGCAGAAGGACAUCAGGUGAAAGUUGGAAUUCUUGCUGGGAGAGCAAAACCAGUCGCCGAACAAACCGGUCUCUGCAAUCAUCAUGUACUUUGUUUUGGUUUUAGUCACCUUUUCUGUUGCUUUAGCUGAGGAUUUUGCAAGGCCUCAUGACUUCAUGGCCAAAGAGCAUGGCCAGGAGUUGUUUGAGAAUGCUAUCUACAGUUUUGGUCAAGAUAGGRAUGAGUUCCUUCGUCAAGGGUUAGGGAGACUAAGUGACGGACGAUCGUCACCUGCGACAUCCCGCAGAUGGUCACGAGAACUUUCACCGUUUGCACGACAGAGUCAAAUUGCGGCUAUUAAAGCCAAUACUUUACGAUUGGUAAUACCURAGCAUCUACCCUCCAAUAAUGGGACCGGUCGAGUCGAGGUGUACCAUAACAGCGAGUGGGGAACAAUAUGCGAUAAAGACUGGGACCUUGAUGAUGCACAGGUUGUAUGCAAUGAAUUGAACAUGCUCAAAGCUAUUCAYGAGACGAGAAAAGCCAAGUACGGCGAGGGAACUGGUCCCAUAUGGUUGAGUGGUAUGCAGUGUAAUGGUGAUGAGAAAUCCUUGUACCAAUGUAAGCACAAAGGGUGGGGACAGAUASGGGGUUGUACCCACAAGGAUGACGCUGGAGUUAAGUGUCUUCACACAGCUGUACCUGUGAUGGUUGAAAUUGGAUGCUACAAAGACAAACAAGAACCUAAUCGGGCUCUUCGACACCUCAUCGCCAAUCUACGAGAUGAAAUCGAUUGGUACAAUGUACGAAGUAUGGUGACGAAGUGCGGCGAGCGUGCGCACGAGAAAGGAUACAAAUACUUCGGAAUUCAGUUUUAUGGAGAGUGUUGGGCUGAUAAUGAAGCUGAAACCCGAUAUGAUAUGUAUGGAAAAGCCGAUCCAACUGAUGAAAAACAAAAAUGCUUUGAAGGUGUUGGUAUGCAUUAUGCAAACUUUGUCUAUAGGUUCGCACCAUGGAGGGACUUGGGAUGUUGGAGAGACGUCGUUGCACAACGAGCUAUGCCAAAAUUGCUUGUCAAUCUACGCUUAAAGAUUGAUUGGUUUAAUAUCGACCGUACAGUGUAUGAAUGCUAUCAGACAGCAAAACAAGCUGGUUACAAGUACUUUGCUUUGCAGUUUUACGGUGAAUGUUGGGUGUCUAAMGACGACAGUGUCUAUAGCGUACAUGGACCAAGUACAAACUGCUGGAACGGCGUUGGAGGACAGAUCACAAACUACGUCUACCAGGUGGCAGAAUGAAUACACAACGAUUAAAUGAACGUAUAGUUAUAUAACGUGUACACUUUGUGUCACUCAUACAUUGGUAGACUUCACUAAUGAAAUAAAAAACUUAUCCAACGAAAAUAUCUCACAUAUAUWUGCUAAAAC